AUGACCACUUCCGCGUCUGGAAGGCCACGCCGUCCCUCAGCCCAAGUUUACUGUGCGAACGACUACGAGGCUGCCAUGCGCGCCAUCUGCACGAUGGCUUGCUGGGACGGCUUAGACUUACCAAGCGACCAAGCGCUACAGGAGCUGAGCAGGUCUUACGAAAGUGCCAAAUGUACAGAUAUGUCUACGUGGUGGGUCGCCACCGUCACCAUUGAGCGCCAGCCGGCGGUGAAGGCUCGGAAGAGCAACAAGAAGAAGGGCUGUGGCCGCGGACGUGAUGUCGUUCGCCAGGGUCUCCUCAGUUUCGGGUGA